AUGAUGAUUCAAAACAAGAAAAAGAACAAAGUUGGGGAACAAAGUUGGGGAACAAAGUUGAUUUCAAGAUUUACAAGCUUACCAAGCUCUAAUAACCACUACAGUGCAGCGUUAGCCAAAGAAUGGACUGUGGGGUUGGCGCAGGUCCUGAAGCGCGGGCUGCAGCAGGUCAGCGGCCCCGGCGGCCUCCGCGGCUCUCUACAGGUUCUCUUCAGGGCAGAUGAGGCGAGAGUUGGUACACGAGUAGGGGAAGGCAAAUAUGGAAACAAAUACCAUGAAGACAGCAAGCAGUUUUUUGGCCAUCACCGAUGGGUUGUACAUACUACUGAGAUGAAUGGCAAAAACACAUUCUGGGAGGUAGAUGGAAGCAUGGUGCCCCCUGAAUGGCAUCUCUGGCUUCACUGUAUGAUUGAUGAUCCUCCAACAACCAGACCACCUACUGCUCAUAAAUUUAUUUGGACAAACCAUAAAUUCAAUGUGAGUGGCACUCCACAGCAAUAUGUACCUUAUUCCACCAUUGCAAAGAAGAUUCAGGAGUGGGACCCACCUUCAACACCUUACAAGUAAAGAGAAUGAAAAAUAACUUAAACAUGUAAAAUAAGAGGCUUUUUCUGUAAUUGCACUUUCACUGCUUACUGUUAACUUGAUUAAAAUUAUUUGAUUAAGUGAUAAAAAAAAGAAUGGACUGUGGAUCAAAGGAACAGACGAGAGAAUUCGUAAAUAAAACCAUGCAUCCAUCUAUGGUCAUUUGAUAUAUAGCAAAGAUGCCAAGGCAGUUCAUUGGCAGAAAGGGUACUGUUUCCUACCAGUGGUGUUGGAAGAAUUGGAUAUUUAUAUACAAAAAAAAAAAUUACCUUGACCUUUACUUUAAUCAUACAUAAAAUUCAACUUAAAAUGGAUCAUAAACCAAAGCCAAAAGAGCUACUAAUACUAGGAAAAAACCUCUUGAAGAAAACAUAAAAGUCUUGAUAGCAGAUUAAGCAGGGAUUAAGACACGCACACAAAAACCAUAAAAAACUAUAAAUUGUACUUCAUUGCAAUUUAAAACCUUUUCUCUUCAAAAGACACUGUUAAGAAAAUGAAAAUUCAAAUCUCUGUCAUAUGACCUUGAGUGGUUCACUGUACCUUUCUCAGUGUCUUUUUCAAUUUAUAAAGGUUUUUUUGUGAGCUAAAAAUGAUAUAUAAAGUUCCAUGUAAAUGUAAGACAUUAUUAUUGUAGUUUUCAGAGCCACCCGCAUUCCCUCUCAGCUUCAGCUAGAUAUUUCUUAGUCACCUUUCUUUCUCUUUACAUUUUUUUUAACUAGGCACAAACACUAAAAGAUAAAAACUUGUCACUCUGUGUGUGUGUGAAUUCCUGUAAGGCACCAUGGCUCUCUUGUGGUUACAAGGAAAUACUCUUCCUGAAAUUUGAAGCUAAGAAGUAUUAUAAACAUAAUUCAAACACCAGAAAAUUCUUCUAGUCACUUCUAUAAGCUUCCGGAACUUCAGAAAAGAUUUUUUUCCUUUUUAGCCCUUUCAGCAACUGGAUCCCUUUUACUUAUCAAUCUUAACAGUAUCUUAGACAUUAAAAGUAGUGUCUCACCAAAGCCACUUUCUUUUUAAAUUCAUGUGGCUAAAAAAUGAGGCAGUCAACCUGUACGUUAGCAUCUGUGUGCUCCGUGUUACAGAGGCAUCGUGAAGGUAGUAACGGUGAAUAGAGAGCAGGUCGCGCCUUGAGAGGGUGCACACCCUAAUAAAGGAAAGAAAGCCUAGGUCCCCAUCUCCCUACCUAUCCUUCUUCCACUGCCACCCGCUACAAAAGAGACAAAAGCAAAGGGCUCCAGGGGUUCAGAGGAGGAGACCCCAUCCAUAGCUGGGAAAUAGGAAGUACUUUCUGAAGGAGAUGCCGGCUAAGGAGUGAAGAGGUUUCAGUUGAUGAAAGAGGGGGAAGGCAUUCUAGGCAGAAGAAAUGGCUUGAGGAAAAGUGGAAGGGGACAGGCCCUGCAGAUCAUGUUCAGGCAAAGGUAGAAGGGUGGGCUUGAG